AUUGUCCAUUAUGGAUAGUCUUAGGUUUAUUGCUUUUAUGGGAGCACGUCAGGGGGUCCCUGGGCAGACAAUAUAUUUAGAUCAAAACUCUCAUAUCAGCACUAUACGUUCUUUGUGCGCUGUUGUGAAUCGUCUUCUAGAGCCAUAAAUGUCUUUAUGACAAAGACAAAGCUAUUUCCUUUCAUGCUAAAGGUCUUGUACUCGCUGUGUUGGAGGUCACCUCGCUGAAAUCAUAACGGGUAAUUUAAUGUAGCCGAUAGCUUGUUUAAUGACGUACGCCAUGUACAAUUUGGAGUUGUGCAAGACUAAAAGAAUUCGUGUCUUGGGUGUUGUGGAGAUACGACAAUCACAACGGAAGGCAUAUAUGUGGUGUUUUUAAGGACGGGAAAUAGCGAAGAAUUGAGUCCAAUUUACAUGAUAUUGAAAACCUCUCAGGACUGUCUUGUCAUUCGUAAAUAGCACAGGCAUCGGGCCAGACAGCAAGACAGGGCAGGUGUGACUUGUUAAUAUAUUAAAAUUGCAAGGAAUAUUAUACUAUAUUACGUACAGAGACGCCGGUCUCUAGUUAUUAAUACCAAGACAUUAUACUCAUUACUCUAAAACGAGUUGAAGGAACGGCACAAAGAUCCCGAGAGCGGGCUGUUGAAGGCUUUUGAAUCUCGAAGUACAUAUGUCAGCACUCAUAUACGAAAAUUAGCUGUCCCAUCGUUUCAAGAAUUGCGAUAAGGACCGGUGAUAUUAUCUGCUUAAGAAGGCUUUAGUGGUUUUAUAAUGAAAGCUGUUUAAUUUAAAGGCAAAGCGUAGAUACUUUGGUUUGAUGCUUAAUAGAGUAUACGGGAAACUGCUGAAGCGUACAGAUUUAAAUACAUCAACACAGAGUACAAAAGGGUACAGCUUAUUCAAGAAUAAAGGUUUAAAAAGGACAGAUCACUUGGAAUAAACUAGACUUUUCUUGGAUACUAAAAAUUAUUCGGCGGUUAUUUCAGAACUGGCCAUUUAAAUUGGUUUUGUCAAACCACGAGCGAUUAUAUACAGUUUACUGUUGUUUAAAAAGACGGUACGUGCCAAAGAUUGGGUAAACUAGACUCGGUUUCUUGAAUCUAAAUUUGUGUUUACACUCCUGUAGAUGUCAAUACAAUUCAUUGUAACCGCAGUACUCUAAGCGAAGGAAAGUAUAGAGAAAAUUCAAAGAUGUAUGGAGAACAGUAACGUAUACAUCGAGUGUAUGCAGGAUAGAGUUAUACAAUUCGGGCAUAUCCAGUGGUAAAAAUGAUAUAUUCUUCACUACAAACAGAAGAGGGCUGUAAAUAAGUAUAGGUAAGUAAGUCGUGUUUGCUAAUCAUCCUUCGCAAUUCAGGGUUAAGCUGAAUUGCAAAGGACACAACUCAAUGUAAUCGAGCCUAAGGCUUUCUAUAAGGUAGUCACGGAACACAGCUAUAGGGUGAAAGGAUUAGUUACAGAGGUCUAUCCUAACCCUCCCUGAAUGUCAACUUUCCCUGGGGGAGGAAACGGGAGCACCCGAAGAAAACCCACGACUUUCGGCAGAGCGUUGACUGACUCUUUUCACAUGAGUCCAUAGCGAGAAUCGAAUCCACGAUCUCAGAGUGAAAGACAAUUGCUCGUCACAGAAGCCCCUCAUAAUACAUAAUAUAGGUCAGCAUUUCAAAUACUGUGUAUUUAUAAUUACAGGUUGGAUUUUAUUCAAAAUUGUGUUGUGUAAACGAGCUGGUGGAUAUUGAUCCUUGCCUAUACAAAAUAUUGUCGCUUACUUCUUAUUGGACAAAAACUGUCUUAAUUGCAGGUAUAUUAACACGCACAGAAUAUAUAUUAUAUUGGAGCUGUUUUGGUAUAGGCACACGAACACGACUUAAACUGGAGUGGCAUUUGUAUGAUACUUUGAAAUCUAAAACUUAGUGGCAAUUUCUUCGAGGCAGUAAGCUAUUUUACUGCCACAGGGGAAGCACUAGUUGACAUCUUCGCGUAACUGGAAUUGUCGUUGUUAAUUGCGUUGCGUCGAAAUUAAUCUAGAAUUCUGUAUUAUACUCGAAGGACAAAAUUAGAACUUGGUAUCGGUUGAGCUGUUUCACACACAGAAUCAAAGAGUGUAAAUUGGUUUAUCGGUCGUAUUGAAUUGUGGGAAUUCUGCAUUAUUGUGAUUAUCUAGUCCAAGACAAGCCGGUCACGGAAGACAUUUCAGAAUUUUUUGAAGCAUAUUAGUAAAUAAAUUUCACUUGGAUUGAAAAUUUAUUGACUUGAAUAAUUAGUUGACAAACUUAACGAGCGAGACGAAGUUAUAGAUUGCUAAAACGAGAACAUUUGAAACCUUUUAGAAACUUAAAAACAGAAAAGUAAAAGAUAUAGAGAAGUUCGCUUAUUGGACAUUUAUCAACUCGAGUUUAAGGUCAGACACAAGUUUCAAACUAAAUUUUUAAGUUCAUCCAAAGUGGUCACUUGGCAACGAAGACCCUAUAUAUCUUUGAAGCGUGUUAUAAGAAACAAGUGACAUAUACUGAACGUGGGUUUAACAACUUAUAAACUCGAAUGCCACAAAGAGGAGCAUUUAUAAAUUAAAAAUUCAAAGAAGACAACUUUACUGGAGUUGAAAAGCAAAAGGUUUUGACUCGAACCCAAAGAGAGAAUCGUUCAAACUUUAAAGUCAAAGAAAAGCAGUUUAAUUAUACUGAAAAGCAAAAGGUUUAGCUAUAACAAAAAGAACGAAUCGUUCAUAACAAAAUGGCAGACUCUACGGCAGACAAUAUAGGCGGACACAAUCACAGGCACUCAACGAGAUCUGAUGGUCUGGUGUUCGUGUUAUCAGUAUGUCUUGUGGUUAUUGAAAUUCUAGGACUGUUGUGCAACGGUAUUAUACUAACUGUUUAUUACAAAUACUCCAGAUUGCGUACAUCUACCAAUCUGUUCAUAUUAAACCUCGCUGUCUGUAACAUGCUUUUGGCUGUGUUACAACUGGUGCUCUCGACUCCCUCGUUUUUCCAUAAAGAAUGGCUAUACGGUGACGUUGGGUGUAUCGCAUACGGGUUUGUACAUCAAUACCUGAUAUCUGUUGCGGUAAUUACACUAGCUGUGAUCGCUUUUGAUCGAUUCUGUGUUAUAACGAAACCGUUUCGAAAGCUACAGACUUUUAUUGUAACCAAACCAAGAGCGAGAGUGUUAAUUUGUCUCAGCCAUAUUUACUCAUUCGUGUUGACGUUUCCGCUUUUGGUUGGCUGGAACGAGCUCAAGCCAGAUAGUUAUAAAACAGGAUGUUAUAUUCAUUACUCAAAGCGAAGCCCAGGCUCGAUGGCGUAUACUGUAACUUCGACCAUACUGACGUGUAUUCUGCCUCUUGGAAUAACCGCGUUUUGUUAUGCGAAGAUCUAUAAAUCUGUGCGCAAAAGCUCUCGAAGAUGUACGUUGUAUAAAAGUCAACAUAACACAAUUUAUAAAGAAUCAGGGCUUAGAAAAAAAUCAUUGUAUCACACACGAACCGCCAGGAUGAUUUCAAUUGUGAUGUUCUUUUUUCUGUUAACUUGGUUGCCAACUAGGGUCGCAGGAUUGUUGGCCGCGUUUGGAUGUUCCGUGUCUCCAUCGGCCGUUUACGUUUGUGUGUUCUUAGCGAAAUCGUGCGUGAUGUACAACGCGGUCGUGUACGUUUUCUUAAAUCAUCGUUUUCGUGCUGCGUUCUUGCACCUGACGUUUGUUUGCAGGGAGGAGAGCCGACUACGGCUGACAACCGAUGCGACCAAUGCGAGCGUACGUAAUUUUGGAGAGAUUUUGCCUUCCAUAGUGGAAACUAACGAAAGAUCGCGAGUUUUGUCGCGGAAAACUUUGUCUCAACUUAGUUUUAUCCCUGUUGCCGAGAUUCCUGAAUUGUCGUCAUGCUCUGGUAGGCUUUCAAACGCGGACGUAUCUCGGCCUACUCAGGAGCCAUCAGAAACUCCUCGUGAGGACUCGAUUCAUGAUCGUAAAUCGUCGCUUCGUGUCGUCGAUUUGAAAGAGUGCGAUACUGUCGGGGUAGAUAUUGCAGGAUCUGCAAAUGGUUCUUGUUUAAAUGAGGGACUACAGGACGAAGGAAUAGGGUCACACUUUCACCGUGGGGGACGAGACAUAUCUGAGACAAAUAAUGGAUUGAUAGGGAGAGGGGAACACUUAUCUCAUGUGGGGUCUACCACCCCUGAGACAAACAAUGAAUUGAGCAGGAGAGGGAUAGGGUCACACCUGUCCAACAGCGUGGGGGAAGAUAGACCUGACAUAAACAAGGAACUCUCCAGCGCAAGGCAAGAUAUACCAAAAUUUGAAUCAUCUACUGCUGGCCAAAAAACAAUAGACAAAUCUGAAUUAUCCAGCAAGGCACACACCUCAGAUAAAAUAAACUAUGGGUUUAAUAACCCUGGGUUACAUGAAGACGAUGAAUAUGCAGAAAAUGACAAAAAUAUUGAGAAAUAUUUUGAAUUGGAUAUUAGGUCGUUUGGUAAUAUAACUUAGAUGAAAAAAGAUGGACUAAUAAUUCGGUAUUUAGGAUUUGAAAAAGUAUAUGUAUAUAUAAAUAUGAAAGAUGAUUUUGCAAAUAAUAUCGUUGUUUUGUUAUAUUUUAUUGACAACACAAGAAGACAUAAAGUGCGUUUACAGUUAGCGAACUUACAGUCAAAGCUUAUAAGUGCGACUAACCCCAAAUAUAAUUUUUGGUAUGUUU